AUGGCACCUCCCCCGGGAAGGCUUCCGGAUCCCAGGAGUGCCGGCGGCGAUUUCGGAUCGCAUCAUAAUCAACAACACGAAACCAACUUCAGUGAUAGCGCUUACCACAAGCAGAAGCGUCAAAAAACUAGCUCAGGGAAUGCCAAAACUAACACUAGUUACCAGAAUCCCCCUAAGCGAUGGUCCUACAUAUUACAGGAUAUUCCCGGUGUGGUCUUACGUACUCUUAACGACAUCAACAAGGGCUACGUCGCGCGUGUACUUGCUGUGGCUGGGGUUGUAAUAGGAACAAGCUACGGCAUCUACCACGUUUUUCUAGUACCUUGGCAGGAAAGGAAACCGCUUGCGCGGCGCUGGUAUCUUUUCUGCCCACGCGUCCCCAUCACACUCCUCGAAAAAAAUCGAGAGGAGGGGAGUCAGAUGAUUGUCUACCGCUUCGCACUACCUCAUUCGUACGAUUACGCCGGGUACGAGCCGGUGAGCUCGGUGCGCAUGUAUAGUGGAUGUGUGCGGCAACUUUCCUCUCUCACACGGUGGUAUACCCCGAUCAGCCACCCCCGCGAGCGAGGCUUUAUAGAAUUCGCAAUCAAAGAUUGCGAUCCAGGGCGAAUGUCAGGUCGGCUGCGGUACCUGGAGCGAGGCGACGUUGUCUACCUCGGCCGCUGGAUGAAGGAAUUUCACUACAAACCCAACAAAACCCCCGAGAUCGGUCUGAUCUGCAGCACCAGUGGGGCCUCCGUAGCGCUGCAGCUGAUGAACAUCAUUGCCCGGAACCCUGAGGACCGAACUAAACUGUCCCUCCUUUAUUGCCAUUGUACGGCGGGGAAUAUCCCUUUCAAAACGACCUAUUUUGACCCUUUUCAGGCCCAAAACCCGGAUCGCAUUGUCGUUCGCUACAACGUGCUCACGAUGGGAACGAAGUCCCACCCGGGGCUGGUCCUGCAUGAGAACUUGUUUGUCGGCAACCUCGAUCCUUCCACCCUCCAAGCUGCCCUUCCACCGCCGCGGAGUUUUGUUCGCCCCGACCUUAUGAGUGGGACGGACGUCCCAGGCAGCACUCUCGAAACGUAUCGCGCAAACAUCCUGGUCUGCGGUCCACAAACGAUGCUCAACUACCUGUGCGGCCGCGUGAAUCCGAUUUUUAAUUUCACGUAUUGGCAAGGGGGUUUUUGGCGAUACGGUGGUUUCAUGAAGGAUAUGGGGUACAAGAGGCAACAGGUCUACAAGUUUGGGACCUCGACACACAUUUUUGCGGUCCAUUAG